CAACGGCCGUUCCCAGGGGCUGCCGGGGACGCCGCCGGAAGUGACGCCAGGGAGCGCCGCGCGCCUGCGGAGCGGCCAUCUUGGAGAUCCCGGCUCCGCGCGCGCCGCCGGGGAGCUGAGGUGAGCUUCCAGCGCUGGUGGGCUUGGGGGUCUCAGCCCACCCUGAAGGGGGAUUGGCAGCUGCCAUGCCCAGGAGGAAGCCUGUCCGAAGCCGAAAAUCUAAAAGGAAACCGCCUGCCCGCAAGUGUCCAGCCCGGGCGGAAGCUGAGGGGCAUGGGGCGGGGACCUCAGAGAAUGGCCCCGCCUCACCCGUGAAAGUGCCAAAGAAACGAGGCCGUAAGUCCAAAGCAGAGCUGCUCCUGCUGAAGCUGUCGCAGGGUCUGGACUGCCAAGCGCCGGAGCCUAUCUGUGUGCAGAAGAUACUGGGGAGCAACGAGGCACCUGACGGCUUGGAGGCCACGCCCACUGGGCGCCCCAAGAGGCGGGCGGCUAAAGUGGCCUUGCUUUACCUGCAGGAGCUGGCCGAGGAGCUGACAUCGGUGUACCAGCCUCUGGCUUCCAAUGAGGGCCCCCAGGAAUCAGAGUCCGACAGCUCGAGGAAGAAGCGCCGGAGCAGAAGGAGGAAAGAGGAGGAGACUGAUGACGAUGACCUCUCCCGGGAUGUGGACUUUGUGCCCUCAGAGGAGGUGCUGCUUCAGGCGGCGGAGGAGGAGGAGGAGGAGAGUGACGUCCUGCUCAGCGAGGUCUCUGAGUCAGAGCCAGAGGCUGUCCGAGGCCACACCCCAAGGAUGCCGUCAGCAGGGAAGUCCAAGCCCCAGUGCCGAGGGCUUGCUCCCAAUGGCUUCCACAACUCCAUCAUGGCCCCUGUGUGGAAGUGUCCCAGCAUCACCCGCAGCCUGCGGGACCGGCACUUCUCCCCCUGGGAAUUCCCCGACUGGCUCCCUUCUAUGCGCAAGUGGACGUUUCUCUCGGAGAGCGAAUGUGCCCAGUACCUGCCGGGGGAGAUGAAGUCUCCCCUCUUUUCCAUCCAGCGGGAGGGCAUCGAAGAAGACGGUGUCCUGUACCGCAUCAACAGGUUCAACUCCCUGCAGCCCCACGAGGAGCGCCUGGACGUGUCCUUCUUUGUGGGUGGCCCGGUGUGGGCCAUGGAGUGGUGCCCGUGUCCAGAGGGCUCUGCCGCCCCCCAGUAUGUGGCGCUCUACUGUAACAAGGGCAUGGACGAGAAGCACAGCCUGGCCGAGCUCCACACAGGCCCUGCACUGCUGCAGCUCUGGGCUCUGGGCAUCCUGCAGCCAGAGGCAGGCUCUGCCACCAAAGCCAGGCUGGCCUACGCCAUCGCCACUGAUCACGGCUGCAUCUGGGACAUGAAGUUCUGCCCCAGCGGAGCCUGGGAGCUGCCCACCACCUGCAGGAAGCCCCCUCAGAUGAGCCGGCUGGGCCUCCUGGCAGCAGCCUUUUCUGAUGGCAAAGUGCUCGUGUACAGCCUCCCGCACCCCGAGGGCCUGAUCGCUCACAAGAGAGCCCAGGUAAAAGGUGGGCCCUUCCCAAAGCACACCAUCUGCAAGGUGCAGUGCAUCGCCACCCUGCAGGUUGGCUCCAUCCAGGCAGGGAACUCUUCUGAGUGCGGCCAGUGCUUCAGCGUCUCCUGGAUGCCUUCCAAGCCCCACCAGCACCUGGCAGCCGGCUUCUACGAUGGCACCGUGGCCAUCUGGAACCUGCCCACCAAGUCCCUGCUGCAGCGUGUGCGCCAGGCCGAUGGCUCCCUCAAGCUCUACCCCUUCAGGUGCUUCCUUGCCCACGACCAUGCGGUCAGGAGCAUCGAGUGGUGCAAAGUCAACAGCAACUUCCUGGUUACGGCGGGGAACGACCGGAAGAUCAAGUUCUGGGACCUGCGGCGGCUCUACGAGCCCAUCAACAGCAUCAAGCGUUUCCUGACCACCGAGAUCACCUGGCUGCUGCCCUACAAUGGCGUCACUGUGGCCCAGGACAACUGCUACGCCUCGUACGGACUGUGUGGAAUCCACUAUAUUGACGCCGGCUACCUGGGCUUCAAGGCCUAUUUUGUGGCCCCGCGCAAGGGGACUGUGUGGAGCAUCUCCAGCUCCGACUGGCUGAAUGCUGUGGCGGCCGGGGACAUCACUGGGGAGCUGCUGGCGGCGGUGCUGCCUGACCUGGCCAUGAACCCGCUCAACAUCAAGCGGCCCUCGGAGCGCAGAUUUCCCAUCUACAAAGCGGAUCUGGUGCCCUGCAGCUCUGCGGGAGGCGAGGAGGAGCCGAGGCCGAAGAGCAGGACGUACAGAGAGAUGACGAAGGAGCAUUGCCUCCGCUUCCAGGACACAGACCUGCGCAACUUCCGAAACUUCUUCAGCCGGGAGCCCAUGCGCAGGAUGCACGAGCAGGAGGUGAAGGCUGAGCUGAGCCUGGACCGCAUGCAGCUGGAGUCCAUCCACAAGGUUCGCUUCAGCCCCAACCUGGACUCUCACGGCUGGCUGGUGUCGGGCGGCCAGUCGGGCAUCGUGCGGGCGCACUGCCUGGUGGGGCUCACCUCCCCUGUGGGCCACAAGCUGCUCCGGGAGUGCCAGGCCCAGUUCAGCGCCAUGGACGGGGACAGGCCGGAGAGCCCCAGCGGCAGGCUUGCCGAGCACGGCCUCCUGCAGGAACAGUAGCCACCCGACCGCCGUCGGCCAGAGCCCUGCACGGGGAGCUGGCUCCAGGCUGCAGCGCCUUCCGGGGCUCACCAGGCCUGGGAGGAGACCCGAGCAGCCCAGCCAGGGUCCCUCCUCCAGGCACUCAGGCUUGGGACGGUUCAGUGCAUCCUGCCGCUCCCAUCUGUCCCCCGCGGGGUGCGGGCCUGGGCCUGAGCGCCACGGGGGCAGGCUGGGCGAGCUGUGGCUAGACCCAGCCUGUGAGCCGGGGGCAGACCUGUGCAGGGGCCUCUCACCCACCUGUGGGGAGUGGUGGGGGCUGACGCUCUGCGCAGGGGCCUCUCCCCCGGCCCUGGAAGUGUGUGUGGGGGGGGGGCUGACGCUCUGCGCAGGGGCCCCUCCCCCGGCCCUGGAAGUGUGUGUGUGGGGGGGCUGACACUCUGUGCAGGGGCCCCUCACCCAGCCCUGGAAGUGCGGGGGGGGGGGUGCUGAUGCUCUGUUCAGGGGCCCCUCCCCCGGCCCUGGAAGUGUUGGAGGGGUGGGUGCUGAUGCUCUGUUCAGGGGCCCCUCCCCCGGCCCUGGAAGUGCGGGGGCGG